AUGAUACAUAUGGAUAUUGACAACGAUAUCAACCAGGUCUUGUCACCAAUUAAAGUAGCCAAGGAUUCAGAUCGUCAGGUACAUGUUUGCACUUCCACUGUGCAAAACACUACUUGUACUUCAUCGAAGACAGUCCCAUUCUUUCCACGUGUCUUACUUAGUGUGCAACAACCACUCUCUGGCUUGAUAAAUCAAACAAUAUUGCAACCUACUGGGCUCACUUCUUCGUCUGUUUCCGGAAUAAAUACCCCUCAAUCACACAUUUCGAGUCUACCUAUGUCUGCUACGUCUGUCUCAUCUCCAAUAAAUACUACCAGUCAAUUUUUUCCUCUGAUAUUGGCUGCUACCUCUGCAAUGCAUGCACCAACGUCAAGUACAGGAACACCACUACAACUUCAUUUGAGUAGUUAUUCAACGAGUAAUAGCGUCACAUCGUCAAGUCAGGGUAUUUUUCUACAAGCAAACACCGCGACUGCUGCAUCUUGUCUACCAAUACCAAAUGUAAUACACAAUCCUCGGCCAAAUCCUUCUGUAGUCACCAGUGCUCCGACGUCCACUGCACUUGUUGCUUCAUUGAUUGGUAAGACAUGCUCCACACCACCAUCAGUCGCAUCUGUUGUAAUAUCACCGCAAGCGUCAAGUCACAUCCAACCGACACUUGCCUUAAGGUUUGCAUCUCGUACACCGUCUCACUGUGGAACUGCAGUUACUGCCACCGCAACAAAUGCAAGUUCAUGCCCAUUGGUUUUUGAACCAUCUUCAACUAGUACCACCACAUCAUCACAAUCUCAAAGAUCACAUUGUUUGACCGCUUUGAACUUCCCUACUCCUGCCUCUUGUGUAUCAGGCAGUCUGCUGAUGAGUUCUGCGCUGUGUUCCACUUCUCGUGUUCUUAUUCAUAAACCACAAAAUGUCUCACAUUCCUCUUUGAUAGAGAAUCUCACAAGUUCAGUCCUCACCUCAACCAAUAAGAUAAGUUUAUCCUCUGAUCCUAAUUCAGGCUGCAUCACUUCUGUUAGUUUGUCGAAUUCAACUAUCGUUUUGCACGACCAGGCAAGUUCUCAUUCCGCACAGGUAUCAAAAGCGAAAUUGGUCAAUUUUUCUACACCACUAUCUGCUACUGUUCGUUUGAUUACACCUCCAUCUACUGUAUGCACCACUGCAAAGUCUACCUGCAGUGUGUCUUCAUCUGGUGCCAAUGUUGUGUCUUUCUCAGCGUCACUUCCACAGACAGGAAUGUUGACAUCAAGGCCGUCCGUAACCAGUACAGGUAGUGUGUGGUCAGGAUUAACGGUAAAUCCCAAUGUUUCAAUCGUUUCUGCACCAACUGGUAAUGUUGUCACUAUUCAAUCGUCACAGUCUCUUAUUGUUCAAGCCCCAUCUGAUAUAUCUGGGCAGUCGACUAUAACUAAUUCAUCAUCUUUAAAUCCAAGUUUAAUGAUGUCUCUCCGAAGUCUUCCUGGGAGUUCGUCGACAGCUGGGCCUACCCUACCCUUAAGUGCAGCUAAUCAUACAGUAUUGGCUUUCAAUUUAGCAAAUUCAAGUGUACAUAGUCCUACUACAUCCACAAACGCAACAGGAAUGUUUACAAAUCCUGUACGUCAGUUAAAUCCUUGCAAUUCAACUUCCCCACUGAUAGUUCGUGCUAGUGGACCUUCAGCUGUUGGAUACAUACCAAGCACUAGUUCAGCUUCUGUUGGCCCGGCAUCACUUCUAAAAUCGUUUAAUUUAAGUAGUGGAAGUACUGGAUCAUCUGUUACUACUUCCAAUACGCCUGUGAUGCCACACAUUUUACCUGUUAAUAUCGCUCCUUCCAAAUUAACUCCAUUACAGCCAUCGGUGACUAUUUCUUCAACCUCUUCAGUAUCUCAUACGCGGUCAAAUUUUUCUCAAAAUACAUCUGUUUGUGUUAGUUCCCACCGACUUCCUACCUCAUCAAUUUUUUCUCAACCUAGUCGGAAAAGAGCACGUAAGCAACAACUUGCCUCAUCUUUCUCAUCUGUAAUGGUUACCCCAGUUUCUGUUGUCUCAUCUACCACCGCAUCAACCUCGGUUAGUAUGAAUAGUAUAACAAAUUCGUGUACUCUUAGUUCUGUGGUGUCAGGUUGCCGCAGUGUUUUACCGUCAACAACUACGCUAGUUGCCAUGGCUAAACCAAAUAUUCAACCACAUCACUUUACUCAACCAGCGUGCAGCAAUCAAGUGACGCAUUCUCCCCAGAUAUCAGGUAAUUCUAUCCGGUCAAGUGUUGCAGCGGUUGAUUCUGUUUACCGGAAUACGUCAACGGCCAUUUCAUCAGUCAGUUGCUCCACGAAUGUUAGCACAUCUAAUAGUAGUGGACUCAUGGGUCUACGCUUAGUAUCCCCGUCAUCUGCAGGUAGUUUUGGAACACGUGUGUGUACAGCUGAUAGUUCACUGAUCAUGGUUACGUCACCGUCUCAUACUGUGUCUUCUGGUGGACACUUACGCACAUCAAAUUCACAUUGUUCACAAGCUUCAGAUAUCCAGCAAACCCAAGCAGCUGCAGUAUAUGUCUUGACCACCUCAGUCUAUCCAAUUCUAAGCACAACGACUGUUACUCCAUCUAAUUCUAGCACUGUAAUCGAACCAGCGUGUUCUGCCUCAAGUAGCCUAAGUUCUGUUGCAGUUUCGGGAGCAACAAAUAACAUCCUUCAAGUACGAUUUAAACAUUCACCACCACCAAACACUAGUUCUGUUGUUUUACCUGAAAUUCAAGAGUCUAAGAUUCAAUCUACUCCUACUCCAAAUAAUCUUCCGACUAACCCGUGUCCAGUAUCUGAUAUUCCUAAAUCAAUAGUUUCGGAGGAUCCAAAGUUUCACACUGUUCUUCACGCUGGCAAGUCAUACAGAUCGUCUGAAUCAAAUUCUCUUUUGCAUCAUUUAGUUUCUACCUUAAAACAAUGUCAUCAAGUUGAUUCUACUACGACUACUACUCCUACCGCUACCACUGUUACUACUACUAUCACUACCACGACAGAUGUUUACCAUUUCAACAACAAUAAUAAUAAUACUGAUUUCAUAAAAAAAUCCAACUUUCCUUCUACUAGUUUGGAAUUAUCAUCGCCUGCUGCUGCUACUACUACUACUAAUUUAUGCUUGGCAACUGAUUUAGAAGAUGUGAAACAGUCUAAAUCUUUGAACAGUCUGGAGUCAAAUGAAAAGCGUAAUUUAUUUGAUCUUAUUAAAGAUAAUUCUAAUUCUGAGAAAUACUUUCAUCAGUCUAUUGAUGAUUAUCAUGAAAAUGACAAUACCGAUGAUGAUGAUAAUAAUAAUAAUAAUAAUAAUAGUGGGAAUGAUAAAACAAAAGCCGUAGCACUACCUACUACUAAUACCAUUACUACUGCUACUCACAGUAGUAGUGUAUUACCACUACGCAAAAAAAGAACUAAAAAUGAUUUAGAAGUAGAUACUGAGCAGCAAGUAAAUGAAUCGCUUUCAACUGGUAUAGAUAAUCAUCACAACAAUAAAACUUCAAAAACUGGUAUUCUAUGGGCUGUAGAUCCAAUAGAUGGAUGUGAAUGGAUACUUCACAAUAGACCACCUAGACCAUCUAUUAUUCCUAAAUAUGCAUCAUCUAAUAGUCGACUGGGUGGUGCUUAUCGUUCGAAGACUACUCAUUUUCUCAAUCUUUCCGAAGUUUCUGUGAAGUCACCGUCGAAACGUGCCAACACUUAUGAAUCAUCUCGAAGAGCGGGUUCAUAUUCUACUCGCCGUCGACGUCGUUCAUUAAUCACCGGUUCACGUAUGGAUUCUGUAAAUCAGAAAAAAGGGAGUAAAGAUUCUGAGAGUUUAGAUGGUCUGAAUGACUCGGAAGAAUCGAAUGCGGCAAAACGUUUAGUGCAGGACAUUUUGGCUCUACGUAGUGAACAAAAAGAAUCUGGAUUUUUAAGAUUCCCGUUAACUGAGACGUCAAUGUUGAAUACUUCGGGUUGGAGAGCUUUUCGCUGUUUAGAUAAUUUAGAUUUACUGGCAUACACUGAACUACAAACCCUUCAAACUGUCGAAAACAUUGGGACUGAUUUAGAAAGGCAACUUGAUUGCAUCAAUUCUGAAGCCGCCCCUUUAUUCUCUAGAAAUUCUUGGUUUUAUAGUGUACCUACAGAUUCUGUUAACAUAGCAGGAGGUUCGCAGUCGUUAGCAGCAAAAAAGCUUUCUUUAGCUAUUCAACUCAACAGAGCUAUGGAAUAUGUCAGAGGUAUUUCUCAACGCAAACGAUGUAUGCUUGAUUCACUUCAAAGAAUGAGUUCUGUAACGAAAAACUUGAUUACUCAUUUCAGUCUUUCUAUUAAUCAGAUUAUUGAAGAGCUAGAACGUAGUGCUAAUAAUUCUUCAAAAUCUCUUUCGCCAUCAUCAUCUUCAAAAACAAAUUUAGAUUCCAACACUGUCUCCAAUUCAUUGAAUUUACGAAGAUCUUGUCGAAAACAUUCACCUAACAAUACUAGUACUAAUGUACGACAAGUUCGACGUCGAAGUACAGCAGCAGGUAGCAGUACUAGUAGCUCGAAACAUUCAGCCUCGCUAAUUAAGAACUCAUCAAAUACUUGUCCAGGAACAAGUUCUCAAGGACCUAUUUGCAAUGGUGAAAGCAGUAAUUACUCUAUACUUCGUUAG